AUGUGGAUAAGUGGCGAGAACGCUGUAGCCAUCGCCAGCUUCAACGUCGACUUUUCUGGAAAGGAAGUUGGUGACAAGAAGAAAGACGAUGAUAGUGACGAUGCUAACAGGAAGGCUGCUGCUGCUGCUGAUGAUGAUGGCUCGCGAAGAAAAUGGCGGAAAUUUAAAUUGAGGAUAUACGAAGAUAAGAUUGUUCUUGACGAUAAGACGGAAGUGAACACCGGAGUCGUCGUUGACGCCCCGAUAGUUUUCUCAUAUAAAGCUCUGUUGCAUUUGGGCUCGUUCAGAAAACUCGGAACACCUUUUAGGGGUGGAAUUGAAAUGUUGAAAUUGAUGGAUCCAGAUUACGUAGAACCAGAAAUCAGCCCGAAAAAUAUUUUCAAAGGCGAGAAGGGUGAAAAGGGUCUUUCGGUAAAGGGAAGUCCUGGCCCCGUUGGUCCCAAAGGAAAUAAAGGCGAUAAGGGCGACAGGGGUCUCAAAGGUGACCGCGGUCAUCAAAACAAGGUCAAGCAAGGCGACAAAGGUCUGAAAGGCCAGAAAGGUCAGAGGGGUGAACUUGGGUCGACAGGCCCAAAAGGCGUGGAUGGGCGAGAUGGGACUGCUGGACCCACUGGGGAUAAAGGCAAUCGCGGUGAAAGAGGUUCACCGGGCUUGAAGGGUGACAUCGGGCCCACGGGUCACAAAGGUGAAAAAGGUUCAAAAGGUCACCGAGGAAAUCCAGGUUACUGCAUCAUUCCAGAUGAAUUCUUUAAAGAUGACGACGGCGAUGAUGCUAGUUAUGACGAUGACCAUGGUAUAAAUAAUGGAGAUGGUGAUGAUAGUGAUGUCGAAAAAUAUAACGAGCAAUUAAGAAAAGGAGGUUAUAGUGAUGAUUACGUCAACAAUGAUGAUGAAAAUAGUGUUGUUGAUGACGCUGAUAACUACGACGAUGGGCAACCAAUGGGAAAAAGGGUUAAAAGGGCAUGGUUCUGGGGUUUAGAUCCAACAACAACAACUACUGCUACUACAUCCACUGCUGCUGCUGCUACCACUACUUCAGAAAAAAUUACAGUUUUGACAUAUACUCCAAAAAACUCGGAAGAUGGUGAUAAUUAUUACGAAAGCACAGCAACCUCACAGAGUGAUGGUGAUAGUUAUUAUGAGGAAAAAGAUGAAGUUACUACUACCACGACUUCUACCACUACUACCACCGUUACUACAAGUAGUAGUAAUACUAAUUCUGUAACUGCAACUUCUAAAAUGGCUACUGAUGGUACUAAGAAAAUCAUGAUGAAAGGUAAAACUCCGCGACUAACGAAUGAAGAAAAACAUUUUCCUUAUGGCAUAUUAUUUGACAAUGAAGAGAUGUCGUUGCCAGAUAAGAUAGCAGGAGAUGAACCGAUAGCAUGGCCGCAAGCCUACCCGCCCGGCUGA